UUCCUUUCCUCUCCCCCCGACAGCGACUCCGACCACCAGCCCCGGCGGGCGAUUUCUAGGGUUCCGGCGACCCCCCCCCCUCCCGAGGUCAGCGGGUCCUGAAUGAGUCUUGCUCGACCGCCCAACCAGCCAAGACUCGGUUCGGCGCCCAACUAGUAGCGCUGCAGCAGCAGCUCAGAGCGUUGGCAAGCAGGAUGCUGGAGGAUUUCUUCACUCCUACGGAGAUGGAAGAGGGCAUCUCAACCGUGGCGAGAAUCGGGGACCUCGUCUCUGAGAUGCGCGAGCUCAGAGACGCCGUCGCGCUCAAUGAGGCCGACCUGCUGAGGCGGUGUUCGGCCGCCGUGAACGCGCUAGCGGUCACCGCAAACGAAGAGUGCUUGCAGCAUUUCGUGCAGCUAGACGGCGUUGCUUUUCUCACCAAGUGGUUUCAGGAUGUUCAGAGUUGCAGCAAGGAUAGCAGCAGCGCGGCACAGGAUCUAAUGCUUGCAAUACUCACUGCUCUCGACGGUCUUCCAGAUACCGCGCGAGCACCAGCGUCCUGUGGAGUCCUCCUGCCUACUGUUCAGAAUCUGCUUGUUCAUGCGAAUGCUGAGGUCAGCCGGAAGGCGCGAGUUCUCUGUCAGAAAUGGAGCAGCGUAUCGAAAGGUUGUUGUACACAUGACCAGGACGUGGAUACACAAGAUGCAACACGGUUAGAUCGGCAGCUUAAAGAUUCACAAGCUUGCCAGGAGACGGAGAAUGGUGAAAAGGAUGGAGCAAAUGAGCCUGUGAUUGCUGAUGAUGAUCAAUCUAAUGGAAAUGCCAUUUUAGGAAAUGACAUCUCAGUAUCAUCUCAUGGCAGUUCAAAAAAGCUGCUGCCCUACGCUGACGAGAUUUCUGCCAUGAAUGAUGUAGGCCUGGCCACCAGUGGCAUGCCGCGCUUGGACUCUCUUGGAGCAAAGAGUGGUGCUGGGCAAGUUGCAGCACCAGACAUGACCACAGAGGCCAAGUCUCCAGAGCCUAACAACUCAUUUCUUAGUACAGAAAUGCAUUUGGAGGACCAAAAUGAUCCAGCUUGCUUGGAUGAUAUCAAGAAAGAUGAGCCAUUUUCAGCAGACGUGCCACAUUCUGAGAAGGACACGGUGGAAGAUUUAAACCAUCUCGCAAAUGUAGGCCACAUUAUGCAAGAUUCAUCAGAUGAAGAAAGAUUUGGCAAAGAAGAGGCACCUACAUCAUCAUCUGAUUCGGAUGCAGAGGGUGCCAUUAAUGAAUAUAGGUUUCAGAGAUGUAUGGAUAGCUUUGGAGAUUCCUCAAAGGCACCAGACUCAAAGUCGGCUGCGUUAAAUGGAGAUAAAUCGACAUCAUUAGCAGAGUAUGAUGACACUGAUGCACUGGAAGUAGCUCGUCUUGUUGCUAUUGAGGUGGAGCGGGAAGUCAUCGACUACAGAGAGCCAUUUUGUGAUUCUCCUGAUAUUAAUUCUCGCGAUGAUAGUCCUGACUUGGUAGCAAAUCAGCAGCCUGAGCCGCCUAUUGAUGAAUCAAAUGACAAUAAAUCCUCCACUACGGGGAACGGUUCAGGGAGUUCCUCAUCUCUUAAGGAGGAUGGCUCGGGUAUUACCGAUGACACUGGCCCUUUCACUAGAAAACUUACACGGAGCACAGAACUGGAAGACUUUGAUCUUAACGAAAAUCAGUGCCCUGAGGAAACUGACUGGCAUACAAAGUCUGUUCUGAGUAAUUCUGUUAAUCUGUCAACACCUAUUGCUGUGGCUGCUUCGAGAGCAUCUUCUGUGUUCCCAUCAAGACUCCAUUUCGAAGGUGAACAUGGAUGGAAAGGUUCCGCUGCUACUAGUGCUUUCCGGCCAGCUUCUCCUCGACGGAAUUUCGAAGGAGACAAGUCAAUUCUUGCUUCUUCGCAGAAAGCAAGCAACAUGUUUGACCUGAAUUUAGCUGAUAGCGACAAUGCCGUCGCCGAGGAGCCACGUUCAGCAGCCAUCUUCCCAACUUCUGGGCUAGCAUCCAAGGAUAAGUCCGCCGCUUUGGCUGUGAGUUGGGGGUUUGAACUUGACCUUAACGGCCCGUGCGAUAAUGAGGAAGCCGCAGUCACUAAAACAGAUGUGCCAUCGUUCUGGAAUCGGCGACAGUUUGCUGGCACAAUCAGUCAGCCUCCUUCGUCUUCAUCUUCAAGGCAACCUGCAGUCAAUAACUUUGACUUGAAUGACAAUAUGUCGAACAUAUAUGGCUCAUCACGGGCAGUAAACGAGUUCUCUGCCAAGGCUUCAGGGAAGGAAACUUCAGGCAGUUCUGAAGUUACAAUUCUGGGUAAGCGAAUACUUGUUGGACAGCAAGAACAUCGCCACCAAAUCCAGCAUAACUUUCUUGGUCCGAGUAUGGAGUCUAGAGUUCAUACAAGACCAAUGCAGUCUUAUGCACACGCACCCCCUAGUGUCGAGAGCUAUCCGUAUCUCUCUGCUUUAUCAUUUCCGGGGCCUAUGAUGUCAUUAGCGGGUGGUCCUUACAUGGUUGAUGCCAGGGGUGAUCCGGUUAUGCCAUCAUUGCUAGGCUCAGGUGUCGGCGUUUCUCAUCCAUCUUUCAGCAGCAGAGCGAUUCCACCGUCUUCUACAGAACUGAGCUAUUUCCAUCCUAGCAUGGGUUUCAGCUAUGGACCCUCAUCUGAAGGCGUGCGGCGGGAAGAUGGGGGCUACUGGCCUGUGUCGUUCCAAGGUCAGAACAUGUUUGGCGAUGAACGCAUGAGAAACAUGUCACAGGGUGGCGGCAGUACCUCCUCUGGGGUGGCACCGAAGCGGAGAGAGCCAGACUCGGGCUGGGAUCUGUUCCAAGGCCAGAACAUGUUUGUCGAUGAACGCAUGAGAGACAUGUCACAAGGUGGUGGCAGUACCUCCUCUGGGGUGGCACCCAAGCGGAAAGAGGCAGACUUGGGUUGGGAUCUGUUCUCACGUCGCUAGGCAUGAGGCGUGAGGGGUUUUUUGGCACCUGAAAUUGGGUCCAGUUCUACUAGGUUGGAGGACAUACACAGAGAACUGAAUAAGGCUAGCUACCUGCGGAUUUCAGAGAUGCAAUGGAUCUGGUUAGCGGCUGAAAUCGUUGUGUAGAUUUGCUUCUUUGUGAGAGUAGCUAGAUUCUUUUAGUUAACUUAAUACAGCCAACUGCUCUCUACGGAAAGCUGAAUCUAUGUAUAUCAUUCUAGAACUUAUAAUUAAUAGAUGACGAUUGCUUCAGUUUUGGAAAGGAAAAGAACCUCCGUAA